AAACACGUACACGCGCGCGCGCACACUCACGUCCUGGACCGCCGCGCACCGACACACACUGCGACAGUGGGAGCGUCCCACGGUGAGCGCGAACCAUGGCUGAUGGAGGAGAAGGCGAGGAUGAAAUCCAGUUUCUGCGAACUAAUGAUGAGGUGGUUCUACAGUGCUCGGCCACAAUCCAUAAGGAACAACAGAAACUCUGCCUGGCAGCUGAAGGCUUCGGAAACAGGCUGUGCUUCCUUGAAUCCAUCUCAAACUCAAAGAAUGUACCUCCAGAUCUUUCUAUCUGCACUUUCGUGUUGGAGCAGUCACUGUCUGUUCGAGCCCUUCAGGAGAUGCUGGCAACUACGGAGGAGAAGAAUGAGGGCACGGUCCAAGGGGGUGGCCAUCGCACUUUACUAUAUGGGCAUGCUGUCCUUCUCCGUCACUCUUACAGUGGAAUGUACUUGUGCUGUCUAUCUACCUCCCGCUCCUCCACGGACAAGCUAGCUUUUGAUGUGGGGCUGCAGAAAGACACCACGGGUGAAGCAUGCUGGUGGACCAUUCAUCCAGCAUCAAAGCAACGUUCCGAGGGAGAGAAGGUCAGGGUGGGAGAUGAUCUCAUCCUUGUCAGCAUCUCAUCUGAGAGAUAUCUGCAUCUAUCCUAUGGCAACGUUUGUUUGCAUGUCGAUGCCGCAUUUCAGCAGACACUUUGGAGUGUUGCUCCAGUCUGUUCUGGCAGCGAAGUAGCACAAGGUUUUCUAAUAGGUGGGGAUGUCCUGCGCCUCCUUCAUGGUCACAUGGACGAGUGUUUAACCGUUCCAUCGGGGGAGCAUGGAGAGGAGCAGCGAAGGACGGUACAUUAUGAAGGUGGAGCAGUGUCCAGUCAUGCCAGGUCUCUGUGGAGGCUGGAGACACGGCGAGUUCUGUGGAGUGGUAGUCACAUUCGCUGGGGCCAACCCUUCAGACUGAGACAUGUGACUAGUGGGAAGUAUCUGAGUCUGACAGAAGAUAAAUCACUACUGCUUAUGGAAAAAGAAAACGCAGAUGUCAAGUCAACAGCCUUUUGUUUCAGAUCUUCCAAGGAAAAGGUUGAGAUUGGUGUGAAAAAGGAAGUGGAUGGCAUGGGAAUCCCGGACAUUAAGUAUGGUGACUCGGUGUGUUACAUUCAACACAUUGAUACUUGUCUGUGGCUCACAUACCAGACUGUUGAUGCCAAAAGUGCACGCAUAGGCGAAGUUCAGAGAAAGGCCAUCAUGCACAACGAAGGUCAUAUGGAUGACGGGCUGACUCUGUCCCGGUCACAGCAUGAAGAGAGUCGCACUGCCAGAGUAAUUCGCAGUACUGUGUUCUUAUUCAACCUCUUCAUCAGGAGUCUUGACACAUUAAGAACAAAAGGAAAGACAACAAAUUUUGAUCUACCAAUUGACUCAAUCAAUCUGAGUCUGGAAGAUUUGAUUGGAUACUUCCAGCCACCUGCCGAUCACCUUGACCAUGAAGACAAGCAAAAUCGCCUACGAGCUUUGAAGAACCGGCAGAACUUAUUCCAAGAAGAGGGAAUGAUCAGCCUGGUAUUGAAAUGUAUCGAUCGGCUACACGUCUACAGCAGUGCAGCUCAUUUCACUGAAGCAGCUGGAAGGGAGGCAGGAGAGGCCUGGGGCUCCAUCCUUAACUCUCUGUAUCAACUUCUAGCUGCACUUAUCAGAGGCAACAGAAAGAACUGUGCUCAGUUUUCGGGUUCCUUAGACUGGCUCAUUAGCAGACUCGAGAGACUGGAGGCUUCCUCUGGCAUACUAGAGGUGCUUCACUGUGUGCUGGUGGAAAGUCCUGAAGCAUUGAACAUUAUCAAAGAAGGACACAUCAAGUCCAUAAUUUCUCUUUUGGACAAACAUGGACGCAACCACAAGGUUCUUGACGUGUUGUGUUCGCUAUGUGUGUGUCAUGGUGUGGCAGUACGCUCCAACCAGCACCUGAUCUGUGACAACCUCCUGCCAGGAAGAGAUUUGUUACUCCAGACACGUCUGAUCAAUCACAUAACCAGCAUACGUCCCAAUAUCUUCCUGGGCCUCAGUGAAGGCUCUGCACAGUACAAAAAGUGGUACUAUGAGCUGAUUAUAGACCAGGCGUUGCCAUUUGUUACAGCCGAGGCAUCUCAUCUCAGGGUGGGUUGGGCCAACACAAAUGGCUAUGUUCCCUCCCCCAGCGGUGGGGAAGGUUGGGGGGGAAAUGGUGUGGGGGAUGACCUCUACUCCUUUGGCUUUGAUGGACUCAAUCUUUGGUCAGGUUGUAUUGCAAGGACUGUUAGCUCACCUAACCAGCACCUUCUGAGAGCAGACGAUGUGGUGAGCUGCUGCUUGGACCUUAGCGUGCCGAGUAUCUCCUUCAGGAUCAAUGGCCAACCGGUUCAGGGCAUGUUUGAGAACUUCAACUCCGAUGGCCUCUUUUUCCCUGUGGCCAGCUUCUCUGCCGGAGUCAAGUUUCGUUUCCUACUUGGUGGUCGCCAUGGAGAGUUCAAGUUUCUCCCUCCUCCAGGGUAUGCUCCUUGCUUUGAGGCUGUGCUGCCCAGGGACAAACUGAAACUGGAGCCCUGCCAACACCAGACAGCAGGGAGAGACCUUUUGGGGCCCACUGUCACAAUGAGCCAGGCAGCGUUCACACCCAUGCCUGUGAACACCAGCCAGAUCACUCUCCCACCACAUUUAGAGCGAAUCCGGGAGAAGCUUGCCGAAAACAUUCAUGAGCUGUGGGUGAUGAACAAGAUUGAAUUGGGCUGGACCUAUGGUGCAGUACGAGAUGACAACAAGCGGCAACACCCGUGUUUGGUGGAGUUCUCCAAGUUGCCUGAACAAGAACGAAGCUACAAUUUACAGAUGUCUUUGGAGACCCUCAAAACUCUUCUCGCUUUGGGGUGCCAUGUUGGUCUUGCUGAUGAAAAUGCUGUAGAGAAAGUCAAGAGCAUGAAGUUGGCACAAAACUAUGAAUUGUCCAGUGGUUACAAACCGGCUCCUCUUGACCUUGGUCACAUCAAACUUACCUCCACGCAGGAAGCAAUGGUGGACAAAUUAGCUGAAAAUGCACACAACGUCUGGGCAAGAGACCGCAUCCGUCAGGGUUGGACCUAUGGCAUCCAACAGGAUGUAAAGAACCGUAGAAAUCCUCGUCUAGUCCCCUACAGUCUUCUGGAUGGAAGAACCAAAAAGUCCAACAAAGACAGUCUAAGAGAGGCUGUCAGGACUCUGCUGGGUUAUGGAUAUAACCUGGAAGCUCCUGACCAGGACCACGAACAAUUUGAUGCCAACAAUAUAUCUGCUGAAAGGUUUCGGAUCUUUAGAGCGGAGAAAACCUACUGUGUUAAUGCAGGGAAGUGGUACUUUGAGUUGGAGGUAUUAACAGCAGGAGAGAUGAGGGUUGGCUGGGCACGACCCGGUUGCCUACAAGGCCAAGAACUGGGUUGUGAUGAUCAGGCCUUUGUCUUUGAUGGAUUUAAGGUUCAGCGCUGGCACCAGGGCAAUGAGCACUUUGGGCGUGCGUGGCAGACAGGUGAUGUGGUUGGCUGCAUGGUGGACCUGAAUGAACACACCAUGAUGUUCACUCUUAAUGGAGAGGUGCUGCUGGAUGACACUGGCUCAGAUCUCGCUUUCAAAGACUUUGAUGUUGGUGAAGGUUUCAUCCCGGUGUGCAGUGUGGGCGUGUGCCAAGUUGGGAGGAUGAACUUCGGUAAAGAUGUGAGCACCCUGAAAUACUUCACCAUAUGUGGUCUGCAGGAAGGUUACGAACCUUUUGCUGUCAACAUGAAUCGGGACGUCACAAUGUGGCACAGUAAGAGAUUGCCACAGUUUGUACCUGUACCCACUGACCACCAACAUAUAGAGGUGACAAGAAUAGAUGGUACUGUGGAUUUGUGCCCUUCUCUAAAAGUCACUCAGAAGUCAUUUGGUUCACAGAACAGCACCACAGACAUUACUUUUUACAGAUUAAGUAUGCCCAUUGAGUGCGCUGACUCCUUCUCCAGGUCGUCGUCGAACAGCCUUAUGUCACCAAAGAGAGAGCUAGAUGACUUUGAAACUGUUUCAGACUUUGAGGUCCUAAUAAAAUCAUCUCAUGGUCACAAUGGUCCUGGCGGCCCAGACAGAGUUGAGUUCAACAACCACAAAGAUUACAACCAGGAGAAGACUUCUAAGCUUAAACAAAGGUUUAUGCUGAAGAAGAAUAAACCAGACAACUCCUGCCCCUCUUCUUCUCGUCUGUCAGAAGACGUGAUGGCUGAUGACAGGGAGGAUUUUGAAUUCCUCAUGCAAGCUUCAACUCACUCUUACUCAGUGAGAAUAUUCCCUGGUCAGGAGCCCAGCAAUGUAUGGGUGGGCUGGGUCACCUCCAACUUCCAUCAGUAUGACCCACACUUUGAGUUGAACAAGGUGCAAACUGUCACUGUAACUUUGGGAGAUGAGAAAGGCAAAGUUCAUGAGAGUAUAAAGCGCAGUAACUGCUAUAUGGUGUGGGCUGGAGAGAGCAGCAGUCCAGGUCAAGGAAGGCGAAACAAUGGUGUAGAGAUUGGCUGUUUGGUCGACACAGCAAAUGGACUAUUAUCCUUCACUGCAAACGGCAAAGAGCUCAGCACAUAUUACCAGGUGGAGCCAAGUACGAAACUCUUCCCAGCUGUCUUUGCCAAAGCUACCAGCCCGAGUGUUUUCCAAUUUGAAUUGGGGAGAAUUAAGAAUGUGAUGCCUCUGUCAGCUGGUCUAUUUUUAAGUGAGAGAAGGAAUCCAGUUCCCCAAUGUCCUCCACGGCUGCAUGUACAGUUUCUGACUCCUGUAUUGUGGAGUCGUGUUCCCAAUCAUGUUCCUAAGGUUUCAGUGUCCCAAGUAAAUGACCGACAUGGCUGGCUGAUUCAUUGCAAUGAACCUCUACAGUUUUUGUCUCUGCACAUACCUGAGGAGAACAGGUCACUAGAUGUCUUGGAGCUAUCAGAGAGGAAAGACUUAUUAAAGUUUCACUAUCACACCCUCAGACUAUACUCAGCAAUCUGUGCUUUGGGAAACAAUCGGGUGGCUCAUGCCCUCUGCUCCCAUGUGGAUGAGGCACAGCUCCUGCAUGCAAUAGAGAAUAAAUAUAUGCCAGGUUUGCUUCGCACAGGCUACUAUGACCUCCUGAUCGACAUCCACCUUAGAAGCUAUGCGACAGCUCGCCUCAUGAUGAACAAUGAGUACAUUGUUCCAAUGACGGGGGAAACCAAGAGUAUAACCCUGUUUCCCGAUGAGCAGAAGAAACAUGGCUUGCCUGGCAUUGGUCUCAGCACUUCUCUAAGACCCAGAAUGCACUUUUCAUCUCCCAGUUUUGUCUGUGGACCUGGAUCGUCAUCUCGAUCUAAAUGCAACAACGGAUCAGGAUCAAGAGAGUCUUACCAGUACAGCCCUGAAUUUCCCCUGGACAAAUUAAAAACCAAAACAAUUGAGAUGUUGACAGAGGCAGUAUGUGAGGGGAACAUGCAUGUAAGGGAUCCAAUAGGAGGCAGCACAGAAUUUCUCUUUGUUCCACUCAUCAAGCUGUUUUACACCAUGCUAAUCAUGGGUGUAUUCCAAAACGGAGAUUUGAAGAACAUACUGCGGCUGAUUGAACCAUCUGUGUUCUCUGAAAGAUGUGAAGGACAGGAUGACAUGCGUGAAGAGUUGGGAAGGAGAACAGACGGAGGAGAAAAGGACUUGCCCAAAGAAGGAUUGUUGCAGAUGAAACUACCGGAACCAGUAAAACUUCAGAUGUGUCAUGUUAUGCAGUACCUAUGCGACUGCCAGGUGCGUCAUCGUAUUGAAGCAGUAGUGGCUUUCUCUGAUGACUUUGUAGCCUCCCUCCAAGAAAACCAGAGGUUUCGCUACAAUGAGGUGAUGCUUGCGCUAAACAUGUCUGCUGCUCUUACUGCCAAGAAGACCAAAGAAUUCCGAUCCCCCCCUCAAGAACAGAUCAACAUGCUGCUGAACUUUAAGAACGAGAAGCAAGAGUGUCCCUGUCCUGAAUACAUCCAAGAACAUCUUCUUGACUUCCAUGAGGACCUCAUGAGACACUGUGGAAUAGAAUUGGAUGAAAAUGGCGCUCUGAAUGGAGACAGUGAUUUCACCAUUCGAGGUCGACUCAUGUCGUUGGUGGAAAAAGUGUCUUCCCUGAAGAAAAGGAUGGCCAACCUGCCCAAGGAAAAAACAGAUCGAAAACCUAGUACGUUACAACAAUUGGUUUCCGACACUAUGGUUCGCUGGUCUCAGGAGUCUCUUAUUGAGGAUCCAGAGCUCGUCAGAGCCAUGUUUGUCCUGCUGCAUCGACAGUAUGAUGGCAUUGGAGGACAGGCUCGGGCGCUUCCUAAGACCUACACAAUAAACUCUGUAUCGAUUGAGGAAACCAUCAAUCUGCUGGCUGCUCUCGGUCAGAUAAGAUCGUUGCUGAGUGUGCGCAUGGGUAGAGAGGAAGAGAAACUUAUGAUCCGGGGCCUGGGUGAUAUCAUGAACAAUAAGGUGUUCUACCAGCAUCCUAAUUUGAUGAGAGCUCUGGGGAUGCACGAAACUGUCAUGGAGGUUAUGGUGAAUGUACUCAGUGGAGGAGACUGCAAGGAAAUCACCUUCCCUAAAAUGGUGGCCAACUGUUGUCGUUUUCUUUGUUACUUCUGUCGAAUUAGCCGUCAAAAUCAGAAAGCUAUGUUUGACCAUCUGAGCUACUUACUGGAGAACAGCAGUGUUGGUCUCGCAUCUCCAUCGAUGAGAGGGUCCACCCCACUUGAUGUGGCGGCUGCGUCAGUGAUGGAUAAUAAUGAGUUGGCCCUUGCUUUGAGAGAGCCAGAUUUAGAGAAGGUGGUGCAGUAUUUGGCCGGCUGUGGACUGCAGAGCUGCACAAUGCUAGUACGUAAAGGUUAUCCUGACAUUGGCUGGAACCCAGUGGAAGGAGAACGUUACCUGGACUUUCUGCGCUUUGCUGUGUUUUGCAAUGGUGAAAGUGUGGAAGAGAACGCUAACCUUGUGGUGAGACUUCUGAUUCGGCGGCCAGAAUGUUUCGGCCCUGCACUUCGGGGGGAGGGGGGUGAUGGAUUGCUGGCAACGAUGGAAGGCGCUAUUAAGAUUUCCCAGGAUCCCUCUCAAGAUGGUCCUUCUCCAACAUCAGAGAGCAACAAGAGUCUCAGUGAUGGGUUUGAGGAAGAAGAUGAUACCAUCCACUUGGGGAAUGCCAUCAUGACCUUCUACGCGGCUCUCAUUGACCUGCUUGGACGUUGUGGUCCAGAGAUGCAUUUGAUACAUGCCGGUAAAGGUGAAGCAAUUCGCAUCAGAGCCAUUCUAAGGUCUCUUAUUCCCAUUGAAGACCUUGUAGGUGUCAUCAGCAUUCCAUUCUCUAUGCCAAGUCUGGCUAAAGAUGGGAUGGUGUUGGAGCCAGACAUGUCAGCUGGUUUCUGUCCAGAUCAUAAAGCUGCCAUGGUCCUGUUUUUGGACCGGGUAUAUGGUGUAGAAGACCAAAUCUUCCUCCUUCACCUGCUAGAAGUCGGCUUCCUACCAGAUCUUAGAGCUGCAGCUUCUUUGGACACUGUUGCCCUCAGUGCCACAGAUAUGGCUCUUGCCCUCAACAGGUAUCUGUGCACAGCAGUGUUACCACUACUGACGAAAUGUGCACCACUGUUUGCAGGGACAGAGCCAUUUGCAUCACUGAUAGAUUCCCUCCUGCACACGGUUUACCGUCUGUCCAAAGGCUGCUGCCUUACCAAAGCCCAAAGAGAUUCCAUUGAAGAAUGUCUUCUUGCAGUUUGUGGUAAACUGAGGCCUACAAUGAUGCAGCAUCUUCUUCGGCGGCUUGUGUUUGACAUUCCCUUGCUUAAUGAACACACCAAGAUGCCUUUGAAGUUGUUGACCAAUCACUUUGAUCGUUGUUGGAAGUAUUAUUGCCUGUCUGGAGGUUGGGCGAGUUUUGGAGCAGCAUCAGAUGAAGAGCUCCACCUUUCCAGGAAAUUGUUCUGGGGAAUAUUUGAUGCUCUGUCUCACAAGCCGUAUAACCAGGAGCUGUUUAAACUGGCGUUGUUAUGCCUCAGUGCAGUAGCAGGAGCUCUUCCUCCAGACUACAUGGAGUCCACCUACAUGGCCAUGAUGGAGAAACAGUCAUCCAUGGAUUCUGAAGGAAACUUCACCCCGAAGCCUGCAGACACUGCCACUGUGACUGUCCCAGAGAAACUGGAUCAUGUCAUAGCCAGAUAUGCAGAACAUAACCAUGAGAAGUGGUGUUUCGAAAAGUUUUCCAAUGGCUGGUCAUAUGGGGAAGACACAUGCGAAACCUCCAGGAGCCACGUUUUACUAAAGCCCUUUAAAGUGCUUGCUGAAAAGGAUAAAGAGUUAUACUACAGGCCAAUCAGAGAGUCUCUGAAGACAAUGCUUUCCUGGGGUUGGAGCAUCAACAGGAUCAGAGAAAGUGACACUGCCAAUCUCAAUAACAAAUCCAGGAGAAUAUCACAGGCCAGCCAGCUUUCCUUUGAAGGAGCUCAGGUUUUCAACCCCAGUCCAAUUGAUAUGAGCAAUGUUACACUGUCCAGGGACAUGCAGUCAAUGGCAGAGCUGCUUGCAGAAAACUAUCAUAACAUUUGGGCCAGGAAAAAGAAAAUGGAGCUAGAAGCCAAAGGUGGAGGAAAUCACCCCCUAUUGGUUCCCUUUGAUACAAUGACUGCCAAAGAGAAAUUACAAGACAGACAAAGAGCACAAGACAUGUUCAAGUUCCUCCAGAUCAAUGGUUACACUGUGUCCAGAGGUGUGCAAUUGCAGGAGUUGGACACACCAGCCAUAGAGAAACGAUUUGCAUACACGUUCCUUCAGCAGCUCAUCAAAAAUGUAGACCAGGCCCAGGAGUACAUGAUGGAGUUUGACACUGAAACACGACCAAAAGGAGUGACAAUUCCACAUGAACAACAAAUGAAGUUCUUUGGAAAGAUUGUCUUGCCGUUGGUGGAUCAAUACUUCAAAAACCACCGGCUGUACUUCCUAUCCACAUCAAGCCAUCCAAUUAGUAGUGGUGGACAUGCUUCCAACAAGGAGAAAGAAAUGGUGACGAGUCUUUUCUGCAAACUGGGAGUACUUGUCAGAAAUAGGAUAUCCUUAUUUGGUAACAACGCCACAUCCAUUGUCAACUGUUUGCAAAUCCUAGGGCAGAGUCUGGAUGCCAGGACAGUGAUGAAGACAGGAUUGGAGUCGGUCAAGGCAGCAUUGCGGUCAUACUUUGCCAGUGCAGCAGAGGAUCUGGAAAAGACCCAAGAGAACCUGAAGCUUGGCCAAUUUACUCACAGUAGAGAGCAGCCAAGAGGUGCCACUCAGAUCAUCAACUAUACCACUUUUGGCCUGCUUCCCAUCCUGUCUUCUUUAUUUGAACACAUUGGCCAGAACACUUUUGGAGAAGAUUUGAUAGUGGAUGAUGUCCAAGUUUCCUGCUACAGAAUCCUGCGAAGCCUCUACUUUCUAGGAACCAAUGAAAGUAUCUAUGUGGAAAAGCAUCGCCCGGCAUUAGGAAAGUGUUUGGCUUUUUUUACAACAGCCUUCCCGGUUGCCUUCCUUGAACCUCACAUCACCAAGUUCAACAAUGUCUCAAUCUACAACAACAAAAGACCAAAAGACAGAACAGCUCUUGGUCUUCCAGCGCAGGUUGUAGAUGUUUGUCCAAUGAUUCCAAAUUUGGAGAAGUCUCUGGAGGAAAUCAUGGAGGUGGCAGAGUCUGGCAUGAAAUACACUCAAAUGCCGCAUGUCAUGGAGGUGGUUUUACCAGUUUUGUGCAGCUACAUGUCUCACUGGUGGGAACACGGACCAGAGAACAACCCAGACCGAGCUGACAGUUGCUGCACAUCUGUGACUUCUGAACAUAUGAACAUGUUGCUUGGAAACAUCCUAAAGAUCAUCUACAACAACUUGGGCAUUGAAGACGGGGCCUGGAUGAAAAGACUAGCUGGUAAAUCUGAGGAGAGUGUCAGAUGUCAACACCCCACCUUUAAAAUAACCCAGACAUACAUCUUUUCUCUGCCGAUCAUCAGCAAGGCCAAACCCCCAUUACUCAAGACCCACUUUCUGCCUCUGAUGAAGAAACUCAGAAAAAAAGCAGCAGUUGUGCUGAUGGACGAAGAGCAAAGCAAGGCAGAGGGGCGGGGUGAGAUGUCAGAAACGGAGCUUCUUAUUUUGGACCAAUUCUCUGUGCUCGUCAGAGAUCUCUAUGCCUUUUAUCCACUCCUCAUACGGUUUGUCGACUACAGCAGGGCCACAUGGCUGAAAGAAUCUAAUCCAGAAGCCGAAGUGUUGUUCCGAAUGGUGGCUGAAGUAUUCAUUUUCUGGGCAAAGUCUCAUAAUUUCAAAAGAGAGGAGCAGAAUUUUGUGGUGCAGAAUGAAAUCCACAACAUGUCCUUCCUCAUCUCGGAUUCCAAGUGUAAGAUGACAAAGGGAAUAGUUUCUGACCAGGAGAGGAAGAAGCUGAGGAAAAAGGGGGACAGAUAUUCUACGCAAACCAGUUUAAUUGUGGCAACUUUAAAGCGUCUGCUGCCUGUUGGACUCAACAUUUGUGCUCCUGGGGAACAAGAGCUGAUUGCACUGGCUAAAAGCAGAUUUAAUCAGAAAGAUACUGAGGAUGAAGUGCGUGAGGUCAUCAAAAACAACUUGUAUCUACAGGGAAAGUUACAGGAUCCAGCCAUUCGAUGGCAGAUGGCGCUGUACAGAGACAUUCCGAAACACUGUAACUACACCUCUGACCCAGAGAAGACCGUGGAAAGAGUUUUAAACAUCGCUCAUGUCCUCUUCCACUUAGACCAGGUUGAACAUCCUCAGCGCAGUAAGAAGGCUGUGUGGCACAAAUUACUGUCAAAACAGAGAAAGAGAGCUGUGGUUGCUUGUUUUAGAAUGGCUCCCCUCUAUAAUCUGCCCAGGCACCGGGCUGUCAACUUGUUCCUGCAGGGCUAUGAGAAAUCUUGGAUUGAAGCAGAAGAACACUUUUUUGAAGAUAAACUAAUAGAGGAUCUUGCUAAAUCAAGUGAACUAGACCCGUUUGAGGAGGAGGAAGGAGUGAAACACAUCGACCCCCUACAUCAGCUCAUCCAGCUCUUCAGUAGAACAGCCCUCACAGAGAAGUGUAAACUGGAUGAAGACAAUCUCUACAUGGCUUAUGCUGACAUCAUGUCCAAGAGCUGCCAUGAUGAAGGAGAUGAAGAUGGAGAUGAAGUAAAAACUUUUGAAGAAAAAGAGAUGGAAAAGCAGAAGUUGUUAUAUCAGCAAGAACGGCUGCAUGAUCGCGGAGCUGCUGAGAUGGUCCUUCAGACCAUUAGUGCCAGCAAAGGUGAGAUCGGUCCUAUGGUGGCCUCUACUCUAAAACUGGGCAUUGCUAUACUUAAUGGAGGAAACUCUACAGUUCAACAGAAAAUGCUGGAUUACCUGAAGAACAAAAAGGAUGUAGGUUUCUUUCAGAGUCUUGCUGGCCUCAUGCAGUCAUGCAGUGUUCUUGAUCUAAAUGCAUUCGAGAGGCAGAACAAAGCAGAAGGACUUGGAAUGGUGACCGAGGAGGGAUCAGUCAUCACUCAUGAGCGUGGUGAGAAGGUCAUGCAGGAUGAUGAGUUCACCUGUGACCUUUUCCGCUUCCUUCAGCUACUCUGUGAAGGACACAACUCAGACUUCCAGGACUACUUAAGGACUCAAACAGGGAACAAUACAACUGUCAACAUAAUCAUCUCCACUGUCGACUACCUUUUAAGAGUCCAGGAGUCUAUUAGUGACUUCUACUGGUACUACUCUGGGAAAGAUGUCAUUGAUGAACAAGGGCAGAGGAACUUCUCAAAAGCAAUUAAUGUGGCCAAGCAGGUUUUCAACACACUAACUGAGUAUAUCCAGGGUCCAUGUACCGGUAAUCAGCAGAGUUUGGCACACAGUCGCCUGUGGGAUGCAGUGGUUGGGUUUCUUCAUGUCUUUGCACAUAUGCAGAUGAAAUUGUCUCAGGACUCCAGUCAGAUUGAGUUACUUAAGGAACUGAUGGAUCUUCAGAAAGACAUGGUGGUCAUGUUGCUUUCUAUGCUGGAGGGGAAUGUGGUCAACGGCACCAUUGGAAAGCAGAUGGUCGACAUGCUUGUGGAAUCGUCAAACAAUGUAGAGAUGAUUUUGAAGUUCUUUGACAUGUUCCUCAAAUUGAAAAACCUCACCUCCUCAGAUGCCUUCAAAGAGUAUGACCCUGAUGGAAAAGGCGUCAUCUCCAAGAGGGACUUUCAGAAGGCUAUGGAGAGCCAUAAGCACUACACAAAGUCUGAGACAGACUUUCUUCUCUGCUGUGCUGAAACUGAUGAAAACGAACUCCUCGACUAUGGGGAAUUUGUGGAACGCUUUCAUGAACCAGCCAAGGAUAUUGGCUUCAAUGUGGCGGUUUUGCUGACCAACUUGUCGGAGCACAUGCCUCAUGACACCCGGCUACAGACCUUCCUGGAGCUUGCAGAGAGUGUUUUGAACUACUUCCAACCCUAUCUGGGUAGGAUUGAGAUCAUGGGCAGUGCCAAGCGGAUUGAGAGAGUCUACUUUGAGAUCAGUGAGUCCAGUCGAACACAGUGGGAAAAACCGCAGGUUAAAGAAUCCAAGCGCCAGUUCAUCUUUGAUGUGGUGAAUGAAGGAGGCGAGAAGGAAAAGAUGGAAUUGUUUGUGAAUUUCUGUGAAGACACAAUCUUUGAAAUGCAACUUGCUGCUCAGAUGUCAGACAUUGGCGAGCGCUUUGCGGUGAAAGAAGAUAGUGAGCAAGACAAUCCAAAUGUAGAAAAUCCUGAGAUGGGUUUCUUUUCUUUCACCAUGAUCCGCAUGGCACUGAUAGCUCUUCAGGGCAAUGUCAUGCUGCUGAUCAAGGUGCUGUCCAUGAAGAGUUUGAGGAAGCAGAUGAAGAAGAUAAAGACUAUGACAGCCAAAGACUUAGUGAAAACAUUGGUUUCUUUCUACUGGUCAGCGCUGCAAGGCUUCCUCUUUAUAGUGUAUAAUGUGGUCCGAGGAUUUUACAGAAUUUUCUACAGUAGCUUCUUAGGAGCCAAUCUAGUUGAUGGAGCUAAUACCUUAAAGGUGUCCGCGCCACUGGCUAACAUGCCUGACCCCACUCAGGACGAAGUCCGGGGCGAUGACGAAGACAAAGACAGGAAAUCAUUUGACAGGACCUCAGUGAAGGAGGACCUGGCAGAGUUAGCUAUCAAUACCAGCGACACCGAACUGCUUUCAGACAUCUUUGGGCUGGAUUUACGGCGAGAAGGAGGACAGUACAAAAUUACCCCGCACAACCCAUACGCCAGUCUGACUGAACUUCUCAACUCUCCGCUUCCUUCACCAUCAUCCUCAGCUGCCUCUACGGCACCUCCCCCUGGGCUCCAACAAAAGGAUCAGAAGAAAAAAGGACCAACAACAGACACUGCAUGUGAAACAGAUAAAAAGGGUGAACCUGGUGAUAAACAAGAGAAUAAUGAAAAGAUAAAGACAAAGGUCAGAAGGCGCAAGAUCUUAAAGGAAGAGUCUGAUAUGCAAGAGUCGGCAGUAAUAAAGAAAAUUAUUGCCUACCAGAGAAAACUCCUGAAUUAUUUUGCCAGGAACUUUUACAACAUGAGAAUGUUAGCUCUCUUCGUUGCAUUUGCCAUAAACUUCAUUCUGCUAUUCUAUAAGGUUUCUACAUCCUCAACAUCAGUAGCUGAGGAAAGGGACGUGGUGCACUCCAGCAGUCAACCAGAAAGCAGUAUUCAAUGGGAUGCAUUGGGUGGCGAGCCAAUGGUAGAAACAAAAGAUGGAGUAAUGGAUGACCCAAGACAGCUCUUGAAGUCCGUCAUGGUCCGCUUUGUUCUGGAAGAAGGCAGUGGGUACAUGGAACCCAUGCUGCGGAUCUUGGCUAUUCUUCACACUGUCAUCUCUUUCUUCUGUAUCAUCGGAUAUUAUUGUCUCAAGGUUCCACUGGUGAUAUUCAAGCGUGAGAAAGAGAUUGCCAGGAAGUUGGAGUUUGAUGGUCUUUACAUUACCGAGCAGCCGUCGGAGGAUGACAUUAAAGGGCAGUGGGACAGACUUGUUAUCAACACACAAUCUUUCCCGAAUAACUACUGGGAUAAGUUUGUGAAGAGAAAAGUGAUGGAUAAGUAUGGGGAAUUUUACGGCCAUGAUCGGAUCAGCGAACUGCUGGGAUUGGAUAAGGCUGCUUUGGACUUUAGCGAUGCUUAUAAAAAAAGAAAGCCAAGGAGAGACAGCUCACUGGCUGCUGUGCUCAACUCGAUCGAUGCUCAAUACCAGAUAUGGAAGCUGGGAGUAGUGUUUACUGACAACUCUUUCCUGUAUCUGGCCUGGUAUAUGACCAUGUCUAUUCUGGGUCACUACAACAAUUUUUUCUUUGCUGCACAUCUGCUUGAUAUUGCAAUGGGCUUCAAGACGCUGCGGACCAUUCUGUCAUCAGUCACGCACAACGGAAAACAGCUGGUGUUAACAGUUGGCCUGUUAGCAGUGGUGGUGUAUCUCUACACAGUAGUGGCCUUCAACUUCUUCAGAAAGUUCUACAACAAGAGUGAAGAUGGAGAAUUACCUGACAUGAAGUGUGAUGACAUGCUAACAUGCUACAUGUUCCACAUGUAUGUGGGUGUUCGCGCAGGUGGGGGCAUUGGUGACCAGAUUGAGGACCCAGCAGGAGAUGAGUAUGAGAUCUACCGCAUCAUCUUUGACAUCACCUUUUUCUUCUUUGUCAUCGUAAUCCUUCUGGCCAUUAUUCAAGGUCUAAUUAUUGAUGCAUUCGGAGAACUGCGAGAUCAACAAGAGCAAGUGAAAGAGGACAUGGAGACCAAGUGUUUUAUAUGUGGAAUAGGCAAUGACUACUUUGAUACAGUUCCACAUGGCUUUGAAACACACACUCUACAGGAGCACAACCUAGCCAAUUACCUAUUCUUUGUGAUGUAUCUUAUCAACAAAGAUGAAACAGAACACACAGGCCAGGAAUCUUAUGUGUGGAAGAUGUACCAGGAGCGCUGCUGGGAGUUCUUCCCUGCUGGUGAUUGUUUCCGGAAACAGUAUGAAGAUCACCUCAACUGAUACAUCUACGGGAUUCUGUCUGUUGUGGCCGUUCUUAAAGCACACGUGCUUCGAACUUUUUUAGCCAAACAGUAACAAAACUAUUCCAACCCUGGCAGAGAGGACCAAUGUAUCUGAACUGUAAACUCAAGACUGAUGACGACAAGUGUUCAUCCAAGAUCUUCCUCAUUCAGCCACUUCCAGCACACUCAUUUUGGAAUGCUUUGUACAUAACCAAUAACAUAUUAUAACGUAUAUAUGAGACUGUUGGCAUGCAACAACUGUCUUGCUCAAAUAAUGAUUUUAUUGUAUUUCCUGUCACAGUAACAAGCAAGGAAACAAAAGAAAACACAAAAGGAACAACAGAAAUAAGGAAUUGAUUCAAGGUUUACAGAUGCGGGAGAUGACAAGACGUUCUGUGUACUGUACAAAACUCUCACUGCAUGUUGAUACAGGAAGUGGGCCAGGUCUGCAAUAUAUCUUUGACUACUCUUCUGCUGUUGUUAGCAUCCAUAACUGGUUAUGCUACUCAAAUUGUGCUAAUUGGAAAAGACUGCAUGCAACAAAAGAGCAGGAAGAUGAUCAAAGAUGCUAAAACACAAUACUUUUCUAGAUUUUAACAAAUAAAACCACUUUAUUGGUUUGGAUUAAAAUAAAAGUCAGAUGUUAAUAUCUUACCUGCUCUCUCUGUGUACAUAAACAUGUGUUUGUGUGUAUGUGUGCGCGAGAGAAUGUGUGUGAAGGGCUAUACUUGGCAACAAAAUCAUAAAGGCCUACUGAAAUGAGAUUUUCUUACUCAAACGGGGAUAGCAGGUCCAUUCUGUGUCAUACUUGAUCAUUUCGCGAUAUUGCCAUAUUUUUGCUGAAAGGAUUUAGUAGAGAACAUCCACGAUAAAGUUUGCAACUUUUGGUUGCUAACAAAAAAGCCCUGCCUCUACCGGAAGUCGUAGACGACGACGUCACCCUUUAAUGGCUCCUCACAUCCUCACAUUGUUUUUAAUGGAAGCCUCCAACAAAAAGAGCUAUUGGGACCGAGCUAACGACAAUUUCCCCAUUAAUUUGAGCGAGGAUGAAAGAUUUGUGUUUGAGGAUAUUGAUAGCGACGGACUAGAAAAAAAAAAACCGCCAUUAGGAUAAUUCUGGGAAAUCCCUUAUCUUUCUAUUGUGUUGCUAGUGUUUUAGUAAGUUUAAUAGUACCUGAUAGUCGGAAGGGAGUAUCCACGGGUGUCUUGAGGCCAGUGUGUGAUGGAAGUCGACGGCAGCUGUACGGACGGCACAAGCUCAGCUGAUCUCCGGUAAGAGGCGACUUUUUACCACAAUUUUCUCACUGCUGGUUGACAAGUGGUCGGGAUCCAUGUUCACUUGACCACUCUGAUCCAUAGUAAAGUUUCACCUCCGGGAAUUUUUAACAAGGAAUCCCUAUGUGUUUGUGUGGCUAAAGGCUAAAGCUUCCCAACUCCGUCUUUCUACUUUGACUUCUCCAUUAUUAAUUGAACAAAUUGCAAAAGAUUCAGAAACACAGAUGUCCAAAAUACUGUGUAAUUAUGCGGUUAAAGCAGACAACUUUUAGCUGUGUGUGUGCGCAGCGCUAAUAUUUCCUAACAGUCCGUGACGUCACGCGUACACGUCAGCAUUCCGCGACGUUUUCAACAGGACACUUCGCGGGAAAUUUAAAAUUGCAAUUUAGUAAACUAAAAAGGCCGUAUUGGCAUGUGUUGCAAUGUUAAUAUUUCAUCAUUGAUAUAUAAACUAUCAGACUGUGUGGUCGGUAGUAGUGGGUUUCAGUAGGCCUUUAAGCAAAUACCAGAUUUGCACGAUUGCUAUUUCCUCACGUCCUUUUUUGAAAAGCUGGAGAAAUAGGAGUCAUGAAAUUUCAAUCAAUGACUAUCUUGCCAUGUUAUAUACACUGAUGAAUACAGUAGUGCUAAGACAUAGAAUUUUAUUUUGUUAUGUGUCUGAACUACUCAAGAAAAUUAUAUUGACAUUUGCCCAGGUCCAUUUAAUCGGUGCUUGGCCUUAUACAAAAUACAAUCUGUAAUAUGCUUUUAAAAUGAGCAAAACUUCUAGAUAUAAAUAUUGUAUGAAAAACAAUGCAAUAAAAUGUUGCACAAUUAACUACAGAAGUUUCAUCAAGUUUUGUAAUAAUCAUGUACAGUAUUUAUGUCGUAAAGGAGAUGUAUGCUUCUC